AGUUGGAGAACCGAGGAGAACGCACCCGAGCGCCUUUUGGCUCUGCGCGUAAUCGAGUUUGGAGACCUUUUUACGCACGCGUCCUUAAUGGAUCCGAACGAGGUCAUCGGAACUGAUCGGGAAUUUCAGUGGAAGUAUUAAAGGGGGAGGUGGGGUAGAAGGAGAGACAUAUAUAUUGGAAGACGGGAGAGAAAAAAGGGAGGAUGAUCGGACUCUUGGCUGGCAUCGCGGAGUGAGUCACACGCGGAGAAGGUGGGAAACGGACAAGACGAGGAGGCUGAGAGGGUUGGGAGCUCGACUCGGAUGCGCGUUUUCGGAGCUUUAUAGCCAGACAAUACUGCCUCCCAAGACGCGGGCAUGGGGCACCGCAGCACGGGGUCCACGCGCACGCACACCCGGAGGGUCCACUUAUGACCUCCGUUUGGAUCUUUAAGACGACGACACUUGGAGGAACUUAGUUUUUUGUUGUUUUCAUUCAUAAACGGACGUUUGGGAUUUACAGAAGAGGAUUAAAAAGCGAAUAAAGCGAUCAAGAGAAAGGCAAAGUUUUGUUUUUUUUUUGUAUUCGGGGCCGCGUGAGCAAUGAAGGCGAUGCGCGCGCACGCCACCGUGGGAGUGUUGCUGAUGGUCACGUGCACGCUGGUCGGCGCCGGGCCGACGCCGAGAACGAGCGUGAGCCGAGGUUCGAGGCGCGCGUCGGAGCUGGCGAAGCGCGUGGAGGAGUUGAUCCGCGACGCGCACACCACCAGGAGGACGGUUACCACGGCGGAAGCCUCCUGGAGCCGGCGGACGAGCGCUUGGCCGGUGACCGUGAUGACGACCCCACACGGGGAACAGAGGGAUUUACGGCGAUCCAAAGCAGACAGAAGGCAUCGGAGGAUCGGCGGAACCCCGCGAGAUCCUCGAUGGAAGGACAAAUACCUGAAACAUAUCACAGGUCCGCUCUUUUUUAGCCCCAAGUGCAGGAGGCACGUGUACCACGUGUACCACCACACCCGAGAUUGCACGAUACCUGAAUAUUUCAAAAGAUGUGCGCGGCUUCUCACGCGCCUUGCUGGCAGUCCCAUGUGCAACGGGGCCUAACAUAUGGAAGGUCCAAGCUAAACACCUGCUAUCCAGAACUCCGACUGUCUCGGGUGGGAAAAGUGCCUCGGACAAUGGGAGAGCCGCCUGAAAACAAUUGAGACAUCCAAGUUUAAUGAACUCAGGCAAAACAAGUGUCCUUCUACUGAAGUCUACUGAAAAUAUGGACGAUAUUACGCCACAUGGACCGGACGUCUUUCGAGACUGUUGAAAAUCGUCCAAAGACGAGAAGAAAGGACGAUUCGUUCGCCGGACACAGACUCUUGGCGAGACGUUUACGGGACAACGGGAAUUCACAGAACAUUCCGUCAAAGUCUAUAUUUAUAUAUUUGAAAAAGAUUUUGCCGGGUUUCGGAGUUUGCGUGUACGUAGUGUUAAAAUCAUGGAAAAGUCAGACAUACAAGCGGUAUAUAGCUAUAUAUAGAUAUAUGAAAGCAAGAUAUAUUUAAAUAAAUUAUACAAUUGGUACAAAAAUGAGGCCUUUGUGCUGCUUUUGCUGUGUCAACACUAUGGCUUGCACGAACUGUUACAGUGCAUUGAUAAAGUAAAGUUAAGAAGUAUUGAACUUAAAAGGGUAGCAUGGAUAGAAAGACAUGUAAUUCUUAAUAGAUACCGGAAUUUUCAGACUAUAAGGCGCACUUGUCUAUAAGCCGCCACCAACCAAAUUUGACAAGAAAACGGCAUUUGUUCAUAUAUACAGUUAGCCAUAGCUGUCCUCAUUGUAUUAUGGGAUAGGUACACCAAAAGAUAUUAACCGGGAACACUUUAUUUGACAGCGGCAUCAUAAGACUGUCAUAAGACCAAAUGAACCACUGCAAAGCUUCAUUGCUUCAAGAGGCUUCAUUUGGCCACCACUGCUCUCUUGAGGGAGACAGUCAACCUCUGCUGCCACCUGCUGUCAACACUGUUGUCGUCCUACUUGCCUCCUAGCAUGCAUUGCAGCACCACAGAUGUACACUGCUGGCCAAAAAUAUUGGUACCCCUGCAAUUCUGUCACAUAUUGCUCAAUUUCUCCCAGAAAAUGAUUGCAAUUACAAAGGCUUUGGUAGUGAUAUCUUCAUUUGAAAAAACACAAAAGAGAAUGGGGGGAUUUUUUUUUUUUUUUUUAAUUAUUAUCAUUUUACUCAAAACUCAAAA